AUGGAAUUAUCGAAGAAUUUGAUUGAAGAAAUCAAUCACAUACGAGAGAACACAACCGAUGAAUGCAUUCUGAUCAACACCAACCAAUCGAUCGGCAAGUUAGAAGAUGUUCUAACUUUAAUCUCGUCCUAUCUAACACGUUUACCAAUCAAUACGAAUUCCUUCGAAUGGCAAUUUACUCUGAAAUAUCAUUCCAAUUCACAAACAAAACAAGUUUCAAUUCAAUGUCUGGAAAAGUCCAUUGAUUAUGCAUACGAUCUGAUUUCGAACAAAGAAAUAUUCACUCCGAAAGAGCACCACUUUCUUGGCAAGAUCUUCCUCUCAUUAGGAGCAGCUGGCGGAACACUUAUUCUCAAUCAGAAUAGUGAUUAUCUAAUCGAACAUCUUUCAUCGGAUAUUGGUCGAAAUCUAUUUCGAAUUGAAUGUAAUUCCACAACCGAUGACUGUCAGAUUCUGAAUUCAUUCGCCGGACUUUGUCAAGGAAAUCUAUUUCUAUUCAAUCAUCUUAAUAAACUCAAUCAAAGAGUGAUGCAACUAUUCAUCGAAUUAUCCACAAGUUUAUAUGACGCGAUCUUGAAAAAGACGAAAUCAUUUGAAUGUAUGUCCCGGACGUUUUCGUUAGUUGAAUACAAAGAUAUAAACUAUUUAUCGACUGUUUAUCCGUCGACAAUUGAACAUUUCUCUAUGUUAAAAAGUGAUGUGAUUGUCGAUUAUCGAGUUGUCACACUUUCCCAGCCAGACUACACGCAUGUGUUCAUUGCUCAACUGAUCCAAUCCGGUUUUCAUUAUGCAUUCGACAUUGCUACUCGCUUUCUCAAUCUGCUAUCCUAUACAGUCAAUCAAUCAUUAACAGAAAAUCUUUGUCGACUCGGUAUCAUCGUUCCGAAAAUGGAUUUAAAUCCAACCUUGAUCAAAAUGUUGAUCAAGUUCGCGAAAAACCAUCUGAAAACUCAUUCUCAAGAAGAUGAAGAGCAGGCUUUAUCCAACGGUUUAGCCAUAAUCUCGAAAUGUUUCAACAGCGAAGAUAAACAAGCAUUUCAAUCGUUGAUCAAAGCGAAGAAUCAGUCAUUCAAGGGUACAAUUCCAAAAUCCAUUCCAUUCGAUAGUUUAGCUACAACAAAUCGCCAUUUCGGAGAGAAAAUUUGGAAUAUAUCCGAUGCGUUUGAAUUAGCGUUGAAACAGUUUCAAUUGAAUGUCAAUGAAAAUAUUCUCAAUAAGCUAUUUCAAUUGCAUCAUCUCACUGAAAAUCAUUCCAAGAUUCUCAUUAUCGGACAAAGUCAAUCUGGCAAAAGUUUGUUGAUGAAAGUCUUUCUCAAAGCACGAUCGUUUCUCUAUCCGAAACAAGUUUAUCAUCAUUUAAUGCUACAAUUAUGGCCUGCGGAGAUCCUAUUCUCAAGAUACAAUCACGAAAAGGGUCUUUUUCAACAAGGGCUUCUACCGAAUAUCGUCAAAAACACUGAUGAUAAUCUUUAUCUUCAUCUCGAUGGUUUCAAUCCAGAUGAUUUGAGCACACUCGAAGAUUUCGUUCUUAACCUAGAUCACGGGCACGUCUUUUGGGAGUUAGAAAACUUGAAUGAUCUAAGUCCAACAUUCCUAUCCUCAUGCAUUAUGUUGAACAUUGAAGAACCCAUUUGGACAUGGCGAGAUUUAGUGUAUUCAACAUUCUCGAAUGAACAUAAUGAUAAUGAAAUCUACGAAGAAUUGCAAAAGAUACUCAUCGAUUAUAUUUCAAGAAUCCAAUCGUAUGAUAUCAAAGAUAAAUCAACCGUCAAGAUCUCAUUUAUGUCGAAAAUAUCCAUGGCAGUGACAUUACUGAAGACCUAUUUGAAAAAUGAUAAAUGUUCACCGAUUGAUCUGCGUGCGUUGGUGGAGUAUACUCUCCUCUGGUCAUUCAUAACACACGUGGAUCGAGAUGCGAAGAGACACUUUGAGAAUUGGUGGAGACAAACAUUCCAUAACAUUCCAAAAGAAAAAUCUUUAACGGAUUGGAUGUAUGACACGGAUGCUCAUCAAUUCGUUCUUUGGGCGGAUACAAUUCCUGCAUUUAAUCCUGCAGCACAUCAAGGAAUUCCGAAUAACAUCUUCGUUCAUACACCUUACACGAUGGCAUUAUCGCAUUUGGUUAGCUCAAUGACAGAAGAUGAUCAUCCGGUUUUGUUGAUUGGUGAUCGUGGAGUUGGAAAAAGUGCAUUGGUCAACGAUCGUUUAAAAGCUACAUGCGGUGGUGAUAUCAGUGAUGAUUUUUACAUCACUGUCAACUGCAAUGCUGAGACUGAUGCUCUCUUCGCUUACGAAAAAAUCGAAGAACAAUUGCAGUGGAAACAUUCGUGUUACUACACAACUAAAGGAAAUCGAAAAAUGUUCUGUUUCAUCGAUAAUCUCAAUCUCGCCAAGAUCGAUCGCUGUGAAUCUCAAUCCUUAGUCGAAUUAUUACGUCAACACAUUAGUUCUCAUGGUAUCUACUCACCUGUCACCUCCAAUUGGCAGUAUAUUGACAAUGUAACGUACGUUGUUACAUUGAAUUCGAAUCAAAAGCUGGCUGCAUACAAUCGUUUGAUGAAAUACUUCCACAUCAUUCAAAUGGAUAUGCCAAGCGAGUCGGAUUUGGUGUCGAUCUUUUCGAAAUUGGUCAAUCGACAUUUUAUUGGCGAUAGUGGAGAAAGUCAACUGAAAGAAACGAGUGAAAGCUCAAGUCGCGCCUCAACAGCAAAACAAUCUACACAUGAUUCAUCGAAUAGUUCCAAAGAGAAAAUAAGUUUGUCAACUUAUAAACGUAUUGAAGAGCUUCGUUCGAUUAUCGAUCGAAUUGUCAAAGGCACCGUAGAUUUAAACGAACGAAUGCGAACGAUGUACCAAAUCAAUCAUCAACGUAUUCAUUAUGUCUUUUCCAUGAAGCAGUUAACACAACUAUUUCGCAAUCUGUGUGUUAGUUUAACACCAGAGUGUUCAAUUGAAGAUUUACUGGAAUUGUGGCAUCAUGAAUGUGAAUGGUUGUACGGAAAACGACUGUUUGAUCAAAUUGACCAACAACGAUACCAGCAAUUGUAUAAAACGAUUGUGAAGAAAUAUUUUAUGAACAUGAUUAACGAACAGCAAGUCCUACUGGCUGAAAAUCAACAGUUCUCCAAUCUACAAGUGACAGAAAGCGGUAUGAUCGUUGCGAAUUUAACUCGAGAUGCUCAAAAUUAUCCAACUGAUAACUAUAUUCUUGUGAACGAUCGUCAUCGAAUCGAAAUCUUAGUUCACAACGCGAUCAAUGAAUACAACAAAGAAAAGCCGAAGAUCAAUUUUCCACUCUACUCAUGUUACAUCGAUCUUCUCUGUCGAUUAUGCCAUACAGUUCAAACCGUGGAUGGUCAUUGCUGCAUUAUGGCUGAAGGUGUUCUCGAUCCAUGUUUAAUUCACUUAUUUGCCUCGGUUGUUGGCUAUCAAUUAGUUUCCUUUGAAACUAGCCAUUUGAUAACAUCAAACGAACAGAUGAAAACAUUUAUCAAACAGAAAUUAACCCAGACGUAUAUCGAUGCCGGAAUCCGAAAUGAGAAAAUCGUGAUUUUAAUCUCCGAAGACGAUUUUCAACAUCUGGAUUUGAUUAUCAACAUCACGAAUUUGAUCAACACAGAAGAUAUUUCCAGUUUAUUUUCGUUGCAAGAAGAAACAACAGUAAUCAAUUCAGUUCGAACACAAAUCCAACAAGCGGGUUUGACUUAUUCGAAAGCUGUAGCAUGGGAUUUCUUUCUUCGAAACGUCAAAGACAAUAUUCGAGUGGUGAUUUUAAUUAACAAAAUCGAUAAUAAACUAUGUUUGGAACAUCCGUCGAUAUUCAAUAAUAUUACAUUGAUCUAUUGGCAACACUGGGAUACUCAAACUUUGGUACAAAAUGCACUCUAUCAUCUGAAAAAUGUUUCAUGGUUGGAUAAGAACGCAAGCGAAAAUACUGCUCAUCUACUUGCGUCGAUGCACCUUUCCAUUCGACGAGCGAAUGCCAAUCAAACACAUCGACUACCGCACACGAACAAUCACACAUUUACUAAAUUCGUCGAAAAGUUUGUGAAGAUUAUCAACGAAAAAUCAGCGAACGUUUCGGACAACCAUCACGAUGUUCAACGUCUCCUCGAGCAAAUCCAAUAUCAGCAUGAAACAUCGAAGAAAUUGGAAAGAGAAUUACAACAUGAAAAGAUCGUUCUUGAAGAACGACUCAAAAGUACUAUCCGUAUGUUGACUCAAAUCGGUCAAGAUAUGGUAACCGCUGAACAACAAAUUCGCGCGCAUAAAUCUCAAACACGACGAACAGUUCAGUUGAAACGCUUGUUACCGGAAUACGAACUAUCUCAAGAGAAAAAUCUCUACAAAUGCUUAGCAAUUGCAACAGACGCGAGAAAACUAAUUGAAGGAUUAGAUAUGAAAUCGCUGCAAGAAUUACGAUCGGUAACGAAAGCUGAGUCACCGAUCGAAAAUACAUUGGCUGCUAUAAUUAUGAUUCUGAAAUCACCAACUGCGGAUUUGACGUGGCAAAAAGGUGCGAAACGGCAAUUGGCGAAUCUUGAUCGAUUUCUCGAAGAAACGCAAACAUUCGAGAAGAUUAAUUUAACUGAAGAUCAAAUCAAUUUGAUUAAUUCAGUAAUCGAUCGCGUCGACCUCGGAGACAAAAGUGUCACUCAAGCAUCGUAUUCGAACGCGGUGGUGAUUCUUUAUAAAUGGGUGAAACGUGUUUUACAAUAUCAUACGGUUCUUUUGAAAAAAGUCAAACCGAUUCAUCAGAAAUUAAAGGAAAUUCAAGAUGAUGUGUUGGAACAGGAACAGCGAUUGAUUCUAUUGGACAAUAAAAGUCAGGCAUUAGAAGCUCGAUUGAAAGAUUUAUCACAAAACUUUGAAGAAGCCACCGUCGAUAAGAAAGACCAAGAAGAAACAGUCGCCAUGAAAGACAAUCAACUGAAAAUCGCCUCACAACUGAAUGAAAUUUUAUCACGAGAAUUAGAUCGAACAAGUAAAAUAUUCGAAUCCAGCACGGAACGUCAAUCGACAUUAACUGGAACAUGUGCGAUAGCUGCGGCGUUUCUCAUCUACCUCGGUCCGUACGCCUAUGGAUUUCGUCGUUUGAUGUUAACUGCUCAAUGGAUCAAAUGCAUUCGCGAUCGAGGUAUGACCAUUGUCUUCGACCAAAUCUCCAGCGUGAAAGGUCGAACGAUUAAAUGGCAAUUGGAUCCGAACGAUGACCAAAAGUUCGCCAACGGAAAUGAAUAUCGACAAAUGGUUGUAUCGUUAAUCGAAUUUCUCCUUGGUGAUCAAACAAAUCUCGAAUGGUUAAGCCAAGGAACAUUACCAUCCGACAUGGAAAAUCAUACGAUUAUUGUACAAUCAGUUCAAUAUUCUCCAUUUCUCAUCGAUCCAUUUGGGCAAGCUGAUCAAUGGAUGGAGAAGUAUUACAACGUUCAAACAGUACAUUUCGACGAUGAGUCGACACAAGAUGUUGUUGUUGCAAUCGAACAAGGAUUUCUAUCCGGUGCGAAGAUCUAUGUGAAAAACUGUCAAUCACUCGACAGUCUUCUCUAUCCAAUUGCGCAAUGGAAAGCCACAUCUGAAGAAUCGCGUGUAAAAGAUGAUUCGAAUCUACUUUUCUAUUGUGGCCGUCGUUUGUACUGUAAUCCAUCGUGUCGUUUUUAUUUUCAUACCAACUGUGAUUCGUUGGAAAAAGUCUCUUCAUCUCUCUCGUUAUUAACUACACCGGUCAAUUGUCAAUACAGUGUCGAAACUCUAUUAGACGAUCUUCGUCAGCAAGUGUUCCAACGCAUCCAACCAAGUUUAUACAAGAAGAAAUUAUCGAUCUAUCGACUGAUACUACUAUGCCAACAGAGAAUUCAGGCCAUAGAUACUUUUCUGAAGUCAAAUACCAUUAGUGAUGAAUUCAAAGAUGAAGAAGUCGUCGUAACAUCAGUCGCUAUAGAACGAAAAUAUGCUUUGGGUGGCAUCGUUGAUCAAUGUAAUGAAAUUUUAGAUUCAAUUGAAAUUUACCACGAUUAUUAUUUCCCCUAUGCUCAACAUGGCGCAUUGCUUUAUUCAGUUUUACAACGAAUCAAUCUUCUCUCGCCGAAAAACUAUCAAUUUUCCAUUGCAAUCAUCUAUUCGCUGUUGGAUCAAUUCAUUCCACUGCAUCCUCCGAAAGCAGUGGAGGAAACCGAAACUUGGAAAGACGUGGAAGACAAACAACAUCCUCAACUUCCAUCGUUGAUCGAAACAACGAAUUUGAAAAAAGAAGAUUUGUUAGCACCCGAUCAUAAACAGAUUGACGAUAAUCUCAAGAAAAUGAUCCAAUCGUUCAUCAAAAUCAUUCUCCCACAACUAACCAGUGAUCAUCGUUUAGAAUUUCUCGUUCUUCUUCAUUUAUUACUAAAAACUGCUGUCGAUACCACAACGGAUGGUAAAAGUGACGUCCUUCAGUUAGAAUUUCUCGCCACGGGUUUACCCAGAAUUGACAGUCAAUCUCUAACAUAUCCGUCGACGUUGAAUGGGAAGCCUAAAUGGAUCAGUUCUGAUCUUGUCUGGUUCGACAUUGUUUCCUUAACGAACCUCUUCAACAACGAAGAUCUUCUCUAUCAUCUAUCGGAUAUUAUUCAAAAGAACGACCAACAAUGGAAGACUUUCUACGACAAUCCUUCGCUGAAUUCAGUUCCAACGAGCAAUGGCAAGUCAUUCUCUCAGUUGGAUAAGCUAGUUAUUAUAAGAAUUCUUCGUCCGGAUUAUUUCAUCGUUGCACUACGCGAUUAUGUCAUUGAGCAAUUCGAUCUGAAUAAUCUUCAAAAUGAUGAAAAUGACUUUCAAGGUGUUCACAUUGUCAAUCUACCGUUAAUUCCAGUGAAGUCUAUUACUCCAGGCGAAUUUCUUGUAAAUCAAAUCGAUAUCGAUCAUUAUCUUGGAAAUCAUUUGAAAUCCAAAGGAAAGAAAGUUCGCGAGAUCGAUUGUUUGUUUGUUAAUACUAUAUUCGACUCAGGUGAUGAAUGUGAUCUUAUCUACUUAAAAAAUAUUCAUCAAGCAUCAAUCGCACCGACACUUAUCAAACGUAUUUGUCGUCAGAGUCGAAAUAAUGUGAUCGUAACAAGAGAACCAUCGGUUGAUUUCGUCUACAUCGGCGCGCGUCUUCACCAUUACGAUUGUUUAAUUCAAGGAAAAGUUCCUCUUGCGAAUUUCUUAUAUCGAAAUUCGAAUAGUUAUCUACGGGAAACGCUUGGUCAAUUGAUAUCGAAUAGUUCGUCGAUUCUUCGUCAAUGUCAAGGCGAUGAAUUGACAAUCAUCUACGGCACGAUUGUAAUUCAAGCCAUUCUUGUUUAUUAUCAAGAAAUCUUUCAACAGAGUCAUUUUACACUUCAAUGGACAAGAAACUUGCCGCAAUUUGUUUUGAAUCUGAUUCGAAGUAAUAAAGACAAAAGCUUCGUUCGAGAUUUGAUUGAAAUGGCCUAUCCAAUGCAUUCUCCAUUGUUAACGAAACUUCUGAAUGAAUUAUUUUCACAAGUGUCAUCGAAAACAUCCAUUCGACUGAACGAUUGUCAAUUCGAAAUCCCCCAAACCGAAAGUCAAUUCAACCUCCAAUGGUUUCUAUCGAAACAUUCGAAAGUCAAUUUAACUUUCAACGAUUAUCCAUCGAAACAGAAAUCCCUUCAACAUCAAUUCGACAUCUUCGCUGAACAAUUAAAUAAACUAUGGCAUGAAAAAUCCGAAACUAUUUUUCAAAAUCUACACGUUUCAUUAAUUCACGAUAAUCUUCAUUUGCUGAAAGAGCGUUUACCGCCAUUGUUAAAUCUACCAUCGGGAAUCGAUUUCAAACAGGAUUUGAUUAGCAUUGCACUUUAUCAGGAAAUGGUUUAUUUUAAUAAACAAGUAGAAGCAAUAUUCAAAGAUAUUCAGGAAAUGGAAGAUAUGUUAGCGUAUGGAAGUUUACUAUUAGAGAAGAAUUUGAAGUUCAAAGCAAUCGGAUUUGACCUUCAACGAAAUCAAGUUCCAUCGCGAUGGUUUUCUGAACGUUCAUCGGCACCAAAAUCACUUUCGAUCGUGCAGUUUAUCCAUCAAUGUCGACAUCGGUUUAAUGAAUAUUAUUCUUGGAUGAAAUCUUUCGACAAUGUCGAAAAACUUGAUUCGCAGUGUAUUCAACGUUCGCGGCAUCUGAUUGAAUUGAUGUGUCUAUCGCAAGCAUUGAAAUUAAAUAUUACUCUUGAUAAAGUUCAAUGUAUUGGCCAAUGGGCAUCGAUGAAAGAGAAAAGAUAUUCUUCCGAUAGUCGACAUUUGAUUCUCAACGGUGCGAUUGUAAUGAAUGGAAUUGUUGAAAAUAACAAUCGAAUUAAACCAACUAGUGGAACGAGUCAUCCAUGUCCUGCGAUUGAAAUUUUUGCAACGGAAUCGAAAAUCGAUGGUCAUCUAUGUCCAGUCUAUGCAACAGCAUCAUCUCGUCUUGAUUCGCCAUUGUUUCAUUUGAUCAUCAACGAAACAAGUGACCCAAUAGUCUUUAUCGUUUUGCAAAAUGAUAAUGAAGACAUGGGAAGAAUUCCAUAUCCAACAGUGAUUCGUCAAGAACAAGAAAAGCCAAUAGUUAAUAGAAAUGAAUUGAGUUCAUUUCGCGAAAUGUCACCGAUUUCUCAAUUAUCUCAAUCAAGAGACGGCGGAUCAGAGACACCUUCUGUCAAAGAUAUUCAAAGAGAUGAGCCUAUGUUAGGUUUUGAAUGA